GCGAUGGCCAACCUCGACCCCCUUUCCAACGUUGCCUCGUCUCUCUCUCGCGAGUCUCUCAUACCCGACGUGGUCCCGUCUUCCUUUUCUCCCUCUCUCCUCUUUUCCGUGGUGUGGCCGACAGGGCAAGAAGCGCUCCUGGGUAACGAACUCCCGCUCGCGGAUGUGCAGGAUGAGCCGAGCGUACAGCUCAUGCCGAUGAAUCUACCCUCGGAGCAGGCUGAUAACAGCGGCGAAGGGAAGGAGAGCGAUGGCGAGACGACAUACACGCUUGCGAUGCUCGAUCCGGACGCCCCUAGCAGGGCAGAGCCGCUGUACAAGUCGUUCCGGCAUUGGGUGAUCACAGGACUUAAGUUGACCUCGUCAUCGGACGGCAAUGCGGACGCGAUGCACUCAAGGCCGGCGACAACACCCUACCGCCCUCCAGGGCCACGUCCCGGAUCGGGCGUGCACAGAUAUACUUUCCUCCUCUUUGAAGAGCCGCCGUCAUUCGGCGGGGUUCCCGAGGGUUCACCGGAGUACGGUGCGACCCUCGAGGAGCGCAGGAGCUGGGACGCCGUAGCUUUUGGCGAGAGGUACGGACUGAAGCUAGUUGGCGCAAACUUCAUGCUUGUGAGGAGCGUGGACCAGUGAAGUGGCGGGCAAAGCACGUUGCGGGCCACAAGACGAUAUAUUGCUAGCAUUCACGACAUGUACGGCUACGGAAUGAAUGAUGUUGUACGAUAUCC